AUGGACGUCGCAAGAGAGGAGGAACCGGAGCCAAUCAGGCUGAAAUCGCUGAAGAACAAAGUUUUUACAGUGCCCCAAAACGACAGGUUUGGAAGGUGCAGAAGUGUUAAGGGUUUUGAAAAGCUCAACCGGAUAGGGGAAGGAACCUAUGGCAUUGUUUAUCGUGCUCGCGACACCAAGUCUGACGAAAUUGUGGCAUUGAAGAAGGUUCGGAUGGAUAAAGAAAAAGAUGGGAUUCCAAUCAGUAGCCUCCGAGAGAUCACUCUGUUGCUGGGGCUUCGACAUCCCAACAUCGUGGAACUGAAGGAGGUUGUUGUUGGCAACCACCUUGAAAGUCUGUUUCUGGUGAUGAGCUACUGUGAGCAGGACUUGGCGAGUUUGCUGGAGAACAUUCAGACACCAUUCUCUGAAGCUCAGGUGAAAUGUAUCAUACUGCAGUUGUUGAGAGGAUUGCGCUAUCUCCAUCAUAAUUUCAUCAUUCACAGGGACCUAAAGGUGUCUAAUCUGCUGAUGACGGACAAAGGUUGUGUUAAGAUUGCUGAUUUUGGAUUGGCUCGCAAGUAUGGCGUCCCCCAACAACCCAUGACACCCAGAGUGGUUACAUUGUGGUACAGAGCUCCAGAGCUGCUCUUAGGAAGUAAGACCCAGACUACGUCGCUGGAUAUGUGGGCUGUAGGAUGCAUCCUGGCUGAGCUUCUGGCACACAAGCCUCUACUGCCGGGAACAUCUGAGAUCCAGCAGCUCGAUCUGAUAGUUCAAUUGUUGGGGACGCCGAAUGAAAACAUCUGGCCGGGUUUUUCUGAGCUGCCUCUCAUUGGACAGUACAGUCUGAGGAAGCAGCCCUACAAUAAUCUAAAGAAUAAAUUCACAUGGUUGUCUGAGGCUGGACACAGGCUGCUUAAUCUACUCUUCAUGUACAAUCCACAACGCAGAGCUACUGCCAUGGAUUGUUUGGAGAGCUCCUACUUCAAGGAGAAACCUCAACCUUGUGAGCCCGAGCUGAUGCCGACCUUCCCUCACCAUCGCAACAAACGUACCGCUUGUCAGCCGGAAAGCCACUUGAAACGCAGCAAAGUAUGA